GGUUGCCAAGCGACAGCGUCCUCACCACGUCCAGAGGCGCCGGCGCGGCCUGGCCGGGCCCGAGGGACCCGGGAGAGGCGGCCAUGUCCAUCCCCUCCUCUGGCACCACCCUGCGGCUGCCCCCCGGCUUCCAAAACCUGCUGGAGGGGCUGGUACUGGAGGUGCUGCGGGCGCAGCCCACAGACCUGGUGGCCUUUGCUGCUCGGCACUUCCAAACGCUGCUGGAGCAGAGAGAGGAGAGAUCCGUGGUGUCGGGAGCCCGGCUGGAGGAGGACGAGCUUCUCACCCGGCCCCCUUUCCAGGAGCCAGAGGAGGACACGGAGGACAAGGCAGGGGAGCAAGCAGGCAGCGCUGCAUCUAUGGACAUGGAGGGAGCCUGCACGAAGCUGGACGAGGACAUCCUGGACAUCCCCUUGGACGAUCCCGACGCCAACGCGGCAGCUGCCAAGAUCCAGGCUAGUUUCCGCGGCCAUAUGACCCGCAAGAAGAUCAAAGGGGGUGAGAUCGAUCGGAAAACCAAGGACGCCGAGUGCGCCAACAGCACCCGCGGCGGCGACCUCCGCAACGGCGACUAGGGGCCACCAGGUGCUGGCCCAACGCCCCUCACCGCUGAGCCCCCGCCGACCGCCGAGGCCAGGAGCCCCCGCUUCGCCCCGCCGCCCCCCGCAUGCGCCCCCCGGGGCCCCCCCGCAGCCGGCGGCCCCCCCGCCCCGGCCCCUCCCCGCCCCAAUAAACGCCCCUGCCAGAG